AUGGCAUCAUCUACCCAAUCCGAACCCAAAGCGCUCCCUAAAGCAGCGGGUCCAAGCAAAUGGAGAAUCACUGCGCUGCUUUCUGCGCUCUUUCUUUCUUUAUUCGUCGCUGCCCUCGAUAGCACCGUCGUUGCGACAGCUGUGCCUGUAAUGGCCCACGAACUUGGCUCCGGCCUCGGCUACACCUGGAUCGGUGGCUCGUUUCUUCUGGCCAGCUCUAUAGCCUCGCCAAUCUGGGGCAUAUUGUCUGAUAUCUGGGGCCGCAAACCCGUGCUCCUGGUCGCUAUUACCAUCUUCUUCGUCUCCUCCAUCAUUUGCGCCGUUGCGAAGAACAUUAUAACUCUCAUAGUCGGAAGAGCGCUACAAGGUGUCUCUGGGGUUGGGCUGAUCCUCUUGACUUACGUGGUCAUCUCGGAUGUGUUUAGUAUGAGACGUAGAAGCUUGUUCCUCGGAUUGAGCCAGUGCGUGUGGGCGGUCGCUGGAGGCAUUGGUCCCAUCAUCGGAGGUAUCUUUGCCUCUCUCACCUCCUGGCGAUGGUGUUUUUGGAUCAACCUCCCUAUAAGCGGCAUAGCCUUUGUUCUCAUCUUCUUUUCUCUCGAUGUCAAGCACACCAAGACCGACUUCAUCGAAGGCAUGAGAGCUAUAGACUGGCUCGGCAUCUUCACCUUUACCGCCGCGACACUUAUGAUUCUGCUUGGCCUCGAAUUUGGUGGAGAAAUAUUCCCCUGGAACUCACCCAAAGUGGUGGUGUUGAUCGUCGUAGGCUGUCUCAUGAUCUUCGCAUUUAUCUACAGCGAGAUGAAAGCGAAGUUACCGCUGCUGCCCAUGUCAAUUUUUAUAAACCCUUCCAACCUCGCUACACUGUUGGUUAGCUUGUCACACGGCCUGACCUUUAUGUCCAUCGAGUACUACCUGCCAUUGUAUUUCCAAGCUGUAAAAGAGGACACGCCAAUUCAGUCCGGCCUCCAUGUUCUCGCCCUCGCCCUCUCGACUGCCAUUACUAGCGUAACCGCCGGCCUUCUUAUGCACCGUACAGGCCGCUUUCGGGAGUUAAUCUGGGCAGGAACCUUAAUCCUAUGCUUAGGCUCCGGGCUACUGAUAAUGCUAGACGAAUCCAGCAGCACCGUCACGGCUGUCGGACUUCAAGUCCUCUUCGGCGUUGGCUCUGGCCUCCUUUUUGAACCUCCCCUUAUCGCGAUCCAAGCGCAUGUCUCACCGAGAGACAUAACUUCUGCUACCUCUACUAUAGCUUUCGUCCGAAGCUCUGCGCUUGCUCUCUCCGUUAUCAUCAACGGAAUCAUUUUCUCGACCUCAAUGUCGCAUCAAUCGAGCUUCCUCGCCGCCUCUGGGAUCCCUGCUUCCACACUUGAAUUACUCUCGGGCAAUGAGGCGGCAGCAAACGUAAUGAUCACGCAGACAAUGACCGAUCCGACGUUAAUCUUGGCGGUGAAAAAGGCGUUUGCGCACGGAAUUAGGGAUAUGUUCAUUGCUAGUACCGCGUUUUCUGGUCUUGGGCUAGUUGCUGGUUGGUUUGUAAAGCAUGCGGAGUUAAGCAAGGUGCAUAUAGAAACAGUAACAGGGCUUAAGGGUACGGAGAAGAGGGAAGAGGGUCCGAGAAUAGAUUUAGAAGCGUAACUCGAAUACGCAUCGGUUUAGAGCUAAACUAGCUCGGGUUUCUAAUUAAAUAUAAAAGUCUAAUUAUAGUUUAAUAUAGAGUAGGUAUAGUGUUGCAAUUACA